AUGACAUCUCCAGCUGGCUCUGAAGACGCUCUAGUGAAUGAAGGCUGGCGCAGGGUGACUGAUGGACCGUACUACGCUGCCUGGCGUCAGUUCUGGGGCAAGGAUCUAGACUUCGAUGUACUACAACCUUGGAAGGCUUGGACUGACGCUCUCAAGCAGUAUGAUGCUCAUUCCUUGGAGGACUCAGUAUCCGCAUUAGCUCGCAGUGUCCUCGGUGGCGAAACAGACGUACAUUUGCCUUCCUGUACUUUCCUCGAAUCGCCCUGGGUAGAUGAGCUAUCCGAAACAAAGGGACGCAUCAUGUUCCUGGAUGACCACGAGCGUAUCUAUGGUCGAGUCCGAGAUAUGCACGCUAAGGCGUCUCACCGGUUGGAAGGCGUCAUCAUCGGAGGACAGGGUGGGGUUGGCAAGACAUACUUGUCAUUGUAUCUUUUAGCCCGAAGACUUGCAGAGAAGAAGCUCGUUUUCUAUUCGCCGAAUAAAAGCCAGUUCUUUUUCUUCGACACCGGCGGCGUUUUGGAGCGCGAUGGUUUCACUUACAGUUGCGUCUUUAGCAAUCCCGACUUAAGACUUGCUGUACCUGAAGACACAUGGAUCAUCACUGACACAUCUCCUGUGGAGGGCGAGCCGGCAUCUGGGGCCACUAUGGGAUAUCUCUUUCUUAUCCAGCUUUGCAGGCCAGAGGACCGGUACUUCUCCGACUGGGCAAGGAGAAACCGGACAGAGAGUCUAACUCUGGACUCAUGGUCCCCGUCUGUUGUACUCUCUGGGUAUAGCACUCGUCCAAUGCAAUAUCAGGCACAGCAAAGAAGCGCUCUCGCGCUUGCUGUCUACUGUACGCGACUUUGGAACCUGCAGCCGUUACUGCUACCUGGCAGUAACACAGCGAGUCGAUCUCUACGCGUCUCUUCGGACGUACAUCGCAGGCCUUUCCCGGGACAAAGCCGCAGAAAUUACCAGGUUGGCUGGGAAGGGUAUCAUAUUCCCUCGUUGCUUGCGUUCGAUGGACCGGACCUCUUCUCUCUGAGACGCGACUAUCAGAGAACCGGGAAAAAAGAAAAAGAAGUCAUGACACCAGUCAUCGCGUCUCGACUUGUAAUGAACGAGCUACGGCAACAUCUUGGGUUCAAGAGCCUCUACAAGUUCCGAGAGAUAGGUGCCAUCCGCGAGCCACCGGAUAUCAUGGACAACACUCGGCUCUGGCUGUUUGAACAACUGUCUCAUGCCCUCUUCUCCGAGAGAACUAGGUCCGAAGUUGCUGCACGAAUGGACCUCAGUCCGUGUUUUCCCGACGGCGCGAAACGCGGGCUUCUUCUCGAACACGUCUUCCAAGCGCGGUCUGUCCAGAUGCUCGAUGAUGCGGAUCCUCCGGCAGAGCCUGAGCCAGGUUCAUACUUUGUUGUACGCAACCUCCAGGACUCCACCUUCCACUCGCUGUUGUAUAUCACCCCGCCCGUCGAGAAACAGGACUCUCUCGCGAGGCCAGAUUCCAGUCGCGUCAUCACUCGAGCUCGAGCUCGAGAACUCGCGCUCAAGGAUCGCCUCUCAGAGCCAGCCUCUCGCGAUACAAGGAGCUCAAAGCGACGGCGAGGAUCUGCUUCACUGGCACCAGGACCGGCGCAGCCACCAGCCAAACGGCCACGUUCGAAAGCCGACAGACGAUUCGUCGUCGUAUUUCAGAUGCUCUCGGACGACAUGCCGAUGUUUUCUGAGUACAGUCUAGAGAAACUUGAGCGCGUGAGGAAGGCGAACCCAUCCGCGCGGUUCUUCUUCGUGUUUGUCACUCCGAUAGGCCAAUGCAUCGACGUAGACUCUAUCCCGAAGGAUAUUGUCGGACGUUUCGGAUGGUAUCAUCUUCAGAUGGACUUUGAUCUCAAUCCAGAGGUAGAACGUAGAUGGUUCGACGACCCCUUGUCUCCCGGACACCCUGCCUUGGUCAUGUACGAGUAG